AUGAAGCCUCGCAUUCGGAACCUCUUUCCCCUGUCCAAACCGGUUCCCGCAGCCCAACCCCGCCGCCUCAAAGAUGAUGAUGAAAAUUUCCUGCCGGUGCUGAACGACGUCAUACGCGGUAACCAGAGCUGGGCCGCCGCUCUCGACAAUCCUUCCAUUUCUACUCGCCUACACCCACUUCACAUUGAGAGUUUCAUUCUCCAGAAUAUCAAUGAAUCCAGGUUAGCCCUCCGCUUUUUUAAUUUUCUCGGCCUUCACAAGAAAUUCCGCCACUCCACGGCGUCGUUUUGCUUGCUGAUUCACUCAUUAGUCCAGUCGAAGCUUUACUGGCCUGCGUCCUCGCUUUUGGAGACCCUUUUGGAAAGAAAGGAGGAGGAUCUUGGUUCCAUUUUCCAGAAUUUGUUCCACUCCUAUAAUAGGCUCGGUCUUCAUUCAACCUAUGGGUUUGAUUUACUUGUUCAAAGCUUUGUUCAAAACAGACGAGUUCUGGACUCGGUUGUGAUUGUGAAGUCAAUGAAGGAGCAUGGUUUAUUUCCGGAAGUUAGGACAAUCAGUGCCGUGUUAAAUGGUUUGAUCAGAAUUAGGAGAUUUGAACUGGUGCUCGACUUGUUUGAUGAAAUGUUCGUGGGUGGCUGGCUGAAGCCAGACGUCUAUGUUUAUGCUGCUGUGGUUAGGAGCUUGUGCGAAUUGAAGGAUUACGAUCGGGCAAAGGAAUUAGUUAACUGGGCUGAGAAUAAUGGGGCGUGCAAGUUGAAUGUGGUUGCAUAUAAUGUGUUGAUUCAUGGGCUAUGUAAGGGCGGAAGAGCAUGGGAGGCUGCUGAGAUUAAGGGAAAGUUAGAUUCAAAGGGUUUGAGAGCUGAUGUUGUCACGUACUGUACGUUGGUCUUGGGAUUUUGUAGAGUAAAUGAGUUUGUAUUUGCUCGAGGCUUGGUGGAUGAGAUGGUUGAACAUGGGAUUCUUCCUAGUGAGGAGGCUUUAUCGAUUGUUGUUGACGGGUUGAGGAGAAAAGAGGAAAUCUCCAGUGCUUAUGAUUUGAUUGAUAAGGUGGGGAGACUUGGUGUAGUGCCUAAUAUAUAUGUUUGUAAUGCUAUGGUUCACUAUUUGUGUAAAGAUGGCAAGUUGGAGAAGGCAAUGCUGCUGUUCGUGAAGAUGACAGAAAAGAGGUUGGUAAUAAAUGAUGUGAGCUAUAAUAUCAUAAUUGGCUCAUUAUGCAAAAGGGGGAAAGUAGAUGAAGCCUUGACAGUUCUUGCUAAAAUGUUUAGUUCUGGAAUAGAACCAUCGGUUUACACAUAUAACAUGUUGAUCAGUGGGCAAUGCAAGUUGGGAAAGCUGAGUGGGGCCACAAAGCUCGUUGCCGAAAUGAAUAAAAAAGGUCUGUGGCCAACUGUUGUGACAUACACAUUGUUGAUUGAUGGCUACUGUAAGCAAAAAGAAAUUGAUGAAGCAUUCAGGCUAUAUCACGAGAUGACGACCAAAGGGAUUUCCCCAAAUGUGAAUACAUUCACGGCACUCAUCUGUGGUCUUUGUCAUGUGAAUAGGAUGGCCGAUGCAUGUAAUAUGUUUGACAGAAUGGCGGAAAUGAACGUUGUUCCUAAUGAGGUAACCUAUAAUGUUCUAAUUGAAGGAUACUGCAAAGUAGGUAAUGUAGAGAGAGCCUUUCAUUUGUUUGAUGAGAUGGUGGAGAAGGGUCUUUCACCAGAUACAUUUACGUAUAGGCCGUUAAUAACCGGGCUUUGCUAUACGGGUGACGUGUCCGUAGCCAAAGAUUUCAUGGAUCAUCUGCAAGAGAAGCAUUGUAAGUUGAACGAGUUGUGUUAUUCUGCACUUCUACACGGAUAUUGCAAUGAGGGAAGGCUGAAAGAUGCAUUGAGUACUCGUGAAGAGAUGAGAAAAAGAGGUGUCGACAUGGAUCUCGUGUGCUAUGCCAUAAUUAUUCGAGGAAUUCUAGAACAAAAGGAUACAAAAUUGUUGGUGGAUAUUCUAAAGGAGAUUCAUGACCGGGGAUUGAGGCCAGAUAAUGUUGUCUACACUAGUAUGAUCGACAAGUUUGGAAAAAGCGGGAAUCUCGAAAUGGCUAUGGCUCAUUGGGGUAUUAUGGCCACUGAAGGGAUUGAGCCGAAUGUCGUGACAUAUACCUCUAUGAUUAAUAGUCUCUGUAAGACAGGUUUUGUCGAUAAGGCCUUGAUCUUAUGCAAGGAAAUGUUGAUUAGUGGAUUAGUUCCUAAUGAGGUCACAUACGGGUGCUUUCUUGAUCAUCUCACGGGAGAAGGGAACAUGGCAAAUGCUAUAAGGCUUCAUAAAGUGAUGCUUGCAGGGUUUCUUGCUAACACCGUAUCAUACAAUAUGAUAAUUAGAGGCUUUUGCAAGCAGGGCCAAGUUGAGAAAGCUCGUCACAUGUUGGCUGAGAUGACGAGUAAUGGGAUAUCUCCAGAUUGUAUAAGUUAUUCAACUAUUAUUUACGAAUAUUGUAGAAGGGGUGAUUUGCAAGGAGCUUUCGAGUUGUGGGAAUCCAUGCUAGACAUGAAUAUUAAGCCUGAUGGGAUUGCUUAUAAUUUCUUGAUAUGUACGUGCUGUGUUGCUGGAGAGUUUAAGAAGGCUUUUGAGUUUCAUGUUCAUAUGGUGAAACGAGGCCUAAAGCUAACUCAGGGAACAUAUGCUUAUCUUAUGAACCGAGCACGCAUGUCAGGGUCACCUGGCAAUCCACCAGAAAAUGCAGUCACAUGA